AUGGGGAUGCGAGAUAAGAAGCGGAACCAGAAGCGGGUGCUCGCGCGCCGUACCGCGGCACCGCGCGCCGGCGAGGGCAAGGACUUCCUGCCGUUGGAAGGAGGCCCCGGGAAGAAGCUGCGGAAGGUGCAGCAGCCUGAAGAGCCCGAGAACACCGCCACAGUCGUCUACAUAGGGCAUAUCCCCCAUGGCUUCUACGAGGACGAGAUGCAAGGGUUCUUUAAGCAGUUUGGGGAUAUAAAGAGGCUUAGAAUUUCCCGGAACCGCAAGACAGGAAAGUCCAAGCACUAUGGAUUCAUUGAGUUUGAGAGCCCUGUUGUGGCAAAGAUUGUAGCUGAUGAGAUGAAUAGCUAUCUCUUGUUUGAGCACACCUUGCAAGUUUCACUUGUUCCGCCGGAGAAAGUUCAUCCUAAAUUAUGGAAAGGGGUGCGACGGGGAUUUAUACCUAUUGAUCGAGUUGCAAUCGAACGGAAGAGACACAAUAAGGAUAAGACUGUAGAAGAGCACAAAAAGAUGGUUGAAGGAAUUGUAAAGCGGGAUGAAAAGCGUCGCAAAAGAAUCAAGGCAGCUGGUAUUGACUACGAGUGUCCAGCUCUUAUAGGGAGCAUUCAACCAUCAGCGAAAAAGAUCAAGUUCGAUGAGGUCUAG